ACUCGCCGCCAUUUACUAAGGCACGUCUUUGUUCAUAUCUUGCAGCUCUUUUUUUUAAAUUUAACAUAUAUUAUAAACAGUUUCAGUCUUGAUUUUCCACUUACGAUGAUGGAUGAUGAAUGGGACGAUACCUGUGAUGUUGUGGUACAACCGCCUCCAGCUAUUAACAGCUACAGUGAUAACAAUGUGGAUGAAGGUCACAGCUUGUCCAGGGGCAGAGGGUUUCCUUCUUUCAUAGAAGACAAUGAUGACUUUAAUAAAGGGGACAGUAAUGGAUUUGGCGAGCGUCGAGGCCGCGGCGGAAGAGGUGGUCGUGGUCGAGGCGGGCGCGGGGGGCGUGGCGGGGCUCGCGACCGUGGAGACUACGAGAAUGGUGGUGAUAAUUAUGAUAAUGGAGAGAGAGGUGAUAGACAUGAAAGAGGUGAACGUGGGAGAGGCAGAGGAAGGGGGCGUGGGGGAAGAGGAGGUGGCCCUCGGCCCAAUGGUGGUGGAGAAGGUGAGCUUACAGAAGGAGGUGAGGAUGAGGCGAAGAAGCCCCCAGUAACCUAUGUACCACCGGAACCAACAGAAAAUGAGCAGGAAAUAUUCAGCAGUACCAUCAGCUCCGGAAUCAACUUUGAUAAAUUCGAUUGUAUAGCUGUAAAGGUAACUGGAGAAAAUCCUCCACGUGCGAUUGACAGUUUCGAAACGGCAAAUCUUCGAAAAUACGUGUUAGAUAAUGUUCUUAAAUCAGGGUACAAGAAACCAACCCCCAUUCAAAAACAUGCUAUCCCUAUCAUAAUGGGUGGAAGAGAUUUAAUGGGAUGCGCUCAGACUGGAUCUGGGAAGACUGCUGCAUUCCUACUUCCAAUUAUUAAUACACUACUGCAAGAUCAGCGUGAGUUAGUCACUGGACCUAAUGGAUGUGCACAACCACAAGUUGUAAUCGUGGCACCUACACGUGAAUUAGCACUGCAAAUAUUCAAUGAAGCUAGAAAAUUUUCAUACGGUUCAAUUUUGAAAAUAGCCGUUGCAUAUGGUGGUACAGCUGUACGACACCAAGGCGAUAACAUUGCCCGAGGCUGUCACAUCUUGGUAGCAACGCCGGGUCGGCUUCUCGAUUUUGUAGAACGUAACCGAGUAUCAUUUGAUGGGGUACGAUUUGUAGUGCUCGAUGAGGCAGAUCGUAUGCUUGACAUGGGCUUCAUGUCUAGUGUGGAGAAGAUUAUGGACCACCCUACUAUGGUGUCUUUAACUGAACGACAAACGCUGAUGUUCUCAGCUACUUUCCCAGAAGAUAUUCAACACUUAGCAGGUCGCUUCCUAAAUAAUUAUCUGUUUGUGGCUGUGGGCGUUAUAGGCGGAGCCAGUACUGAUGUAGAACAAAUCUUUCAUCAAGUCACCAAGUACGAAAAACAGAAUAUGCUUAAGAAGCUCAUUGAAGAGAAUGACGGAAAACGAAUACUCGUGUUCGUGGAAACAAAGCGUAAUGCUGAUUUUAUAGCGGCCAUGCUGUCAGAGCAGCAGAUGCUGACUUCGUCCAUCCACGGCGACCGCAUGCAGCGCGAGCGCGAGGAGGCGCUGCACAACUUCAAGAGCGGCCGGCACUGCAUCCUCGUCGCCACCGCCGUCGCCGCGCGCGGCCUCGAUAUAAAAAAUGUGGAUAUUGUUGUCAAUUACGAUCUCCCUAAGAGCAUAGACGAGUAUGUGCACAGAAUCGGAAGAACUGGUCGUGUCGGCAAUCGGGGGAUGGCUGUAUCAUUCUUUGAUUCUGAUCAGGAUGUAGCCCUGGUAGCUGACCUAGCCAAGAUACUACGCCAAGCAGAUCAGCCCGUACCGGACUUCUUAAUGGGAGGAGGAACUGCCACUUAUAAGGGUAACAAGUAUGGUGGCAGUGAUAUUAGGAAUUUCAACAAUGCAAGCACAACGGUCGAUCAAGGCCAGGAGCCAGACGAGGAUUGGUAGAUGUAAAGGACAACUUGAUAUUAUUAUGUAAUUAUGUUUCCAGUGAUUUUGAUUAUACUGUACAACAAGUGGUGCGUGUAUAUCAUUGGUGCUUGCGGGGGUUCGAGAUUGAGUGUCUGAACAUAAUUUUAAAAAUAUAUGUGUGUGACAUACGUAGAAACAAAUUAUUAUCUAUAAUAAAAUUCAAAAUACAUUUUUUGAAUUUAAUGUUAUGAUCAUGAAUGAAACCAAAAGCACAUCUUGAAAGUUUGAAAGUAUGUAUUUAUUUUGCGUUCGUCAGAAAUAUCGUAACUAUAUUUGAUUAAAAUCUGGAUAUUUGUUAUCGCGACGUAAAAUAGAUUUUGUUUGAUGAAUAUUGUAGUCAUUAGUCUUAAAGCCAGCUAAUAAUUUGUUUCUACUUUAAAUCUGUCUAUACAGUAUCCCUAAGUACAAUAGAAGACUGUGUUUUUCUGUACAAGUAUUGUAGAUUAAGGACGUAACACGUAAGUUUCAAUAGCCUUAUAAAGUGCUCUGUUUUUUUUUUUGUGUUGCACAAUGUUUUUGAUUUGAAUGCUUACCAUUUGAUUGUACUUAUUAUGUUAGUUAUUCUUCAAGUUACUCAUGGUAUUGUUUUUAUUUUUUUUUAAGUGUGUUGAUUUAAGUUUUUCUUUUUAGAUUGUUACAUCCAAUUCGAUAACGUUUAAAAACAAUCGUAAAAUGCGAUAUUUUAUACGAAUCUGUGAUGUUUAAUGUUAAAGUUGCUCAGUUUAAAUUUUAACAUAGUUACACAUAAUGUUAAGUCUAUUUACUGCAGCUUUUGUUUACAAAACCUGACUCGUUCAAAAAUUCUAUAUUUUAUAUUGUUUAGUUUAAGAGAAUCUCAUAAUAAAUACUAAACUCGAGACAAAGAUGAAACGAAAUGUCCACGGACUAUUUUUAAUGAGAAUAUUUCGUUUCUUAUAUUUUAUUGUACAAAAAAAAAACUAUAUUUCAAUUAAUCUGUGAUGAUUAUUAUAAGUAGAAUAGUUUGACUUCCAAUACAACUUACCGUAGGGCAUUGUAAUAUUUUAGUUAACUUGAAUUAAAAACAUAUCUUUUCUGUAUGAAAAGAAACAUUUAUAUUGAACCGAUUAUGCAGGGUACACCAUCAUAAUACAGCAUGUAUUUUGAAAGUCCUAAAUGAGGACAGAAAUAGUACAAAUGUGUAACUAUGUAUACAUUACGACUUAAGAUAAAUUUUAGUUUGUAAGACGCUUGUUUCCUUUUACUUUAUGAAUAAACAACAUAAUUUCAGUG